GCCCCCAGCCAGUUAUUGGGUACUCCAUUAGGUUCAGAUGUACAGCUCGAAUGUCAUGUUGAGGCAUCGCCUUCACCAGUUUCCUAUUGGUUAAAAGGUGUACGCACCCCUAGUGGAUUUGCAAGUGUGUCAAGUUCCAAUGUUGAAUCAGGCCAACCGGGUCCAGAAAUGUUGUUGGAUGGGCCGAAAUAUGGAAUAACAGAGAAGCGUGACGGUUACCGUGGUGUCAUGUUGCUUGUUGUGCGCUCAUUUUCAGCCUCUGAUGUAGGCACUUAUCAUUGUGUAAGCACAAAUUCUUUAGGGAGAGCUGAAGGUACAUUAAGACUAUAUGAAAUAAAAUUGCAUCCUGGGGCUUCGUCAAUAAACGAUGAUCAUCUUAAUUAUAUUGGAGGAUUAGAGGAAGCGGCGCGUGGUCCAGCGCAAUCACACAACAUUUCUCGUAGCUAUCUACAAUUGACGUUUUUGCAGCUUUCAUUUUUGUUGUUGUGCAAUAAAAUCUAUUAUAUGGAAGUAUACAUCACAAGAUGAUGCAAUGUUUUAACAAAGUAAAAACAUAUGCCAUAAGAUUUUUAAUGGUGCGAAAUUUUGGUUUAUUAAUAUGAAGAGUGCAUAGACAAGACGUAAACACUGUCAAUAUGAGAACAACUGCUAUUUUUUGUAACUAUAAUUUUAAAAUAAAAUUUUUAUUCGUAUAAUAUAGUCAUAUCUUUACUUAAGUCAUUACUUAAGUUUAAGUUGAUUAAAUAUGAAUAUGGCAUGAAUUAAAUGAACUCAGCAUAAGCAAACACAAAUGUACUAGAACGGCAAUGCAAAAAUGUCACAUCAAUUGUAACAAUUCUAUACAAAUUUAAUCAAAUGCAUUAAAUAUCUCGAACGAAUUGGAUAAUUAUAAACAUAAAUAAAAAACUGUUCUAAUAUCGUUAAAAACUAAAUAAAUAAUUAA